AUGGGGCUGUUCCAUACAAUCGGUGUUCUGACCGAGGUGUGCGUUGCCCUCCCGUCCCUCACCUUCAUUGGACAGGGCUACGAUGUGUUCGUCAUCACGGAUGCGUCAGGGAGCUUCGCCGAGUACACGCGCGAGGCCACGCAUAAGACACUGGUGCAGCAUGGCGUACAGCUGUUCAACGGGAUCGCGGCGACGGGGGAGCUCCAGCGCGACUGGCGCAAUGACGUGGAGGGCUUUCGAGUCUUGUAG